CUCCAUCCGCAUAUUCUUACGUCCAUGGUUUAAGUCAGGUUAAACGGUUUAAAUCUUAGGGUGGUCGAGCGUUUAUUUAUGUUUCAACGAUAAAAAUAUGGGGAAUUAUACGAGCAAACUAUUGUCUCAGUACGAGGAGCAGGAAGGUAAACAAAAAAUGCAGCAGCGGGUAGAACCACCUAAUGAGAAUACUUUGAGUACUCCUACAUUUAUCAAGAAAAUAAUUCCACUCGAUCCUAGAUCAGUAACCAUUGGGAUAACACGAACUCCCAUUGAGGUAAAUUGUACUCCUCCACAAUUAACGCGUAAAGUGGUCAGUGCACUACCAAAGUAUUUGCAAGCAAAAAAAUUGUUGGAAACAGAUAUUGACAAUGUGAUUCUGCCAUUGACACCAAAAAAAUGCUUAGAUCCACGUUCACCUGCUACUUCUUACCCUCGAACCCCAAUUUUGGUUGAUCCGAUAUUAGACAGCCCAAUAUCUACAAGCACUGAAAAGCAAGAAUCCUUGAAUGGGACACCUAUUACAGAUUUGCGAUACAAAAUCCUAGGACUUGAUCCAAGGUCCCCAGCUGCAGACUUUGACAGAACGCCGAUUUUAAUGCCUAAAUCUUGUGAACUUUUAAGGGCACGUUCACAUGAACACUUGAGACGUCAAGGCAGCUACGACACCGAUGUAUUUCAGUCUAGACUUUCUUAUUGUGAAACUACCACUUCGGACAGUAUUCCAGAAAUACAAGCUCUACCUGACAUUGCAACAAAUUUACAGACAACUUUUGAUUUGAAUGUACAUGACACGAGUAAGCUUAAUGAGUUGAAUCUAUCUACUUCUAGUCAUAAUUCCAGCAUAGAAACAAUUUCUGAAAGUGGAGAUGAAGUUACUGUCAUACGCAGAUCAAGUUCUAUGAGUACUUUAAUUAGUCAAAAAGUACCAGAAACAGUGACUCAUGAUCGGAUGUUACCUGAUGGAAAAUCUAUAAAAACAACCCACGAUAAUGUCAGUAAUGUCUUGGCCAUUGCUAUAAAAAGCACGGACCGACUAAAAUGUGUUGACAGUGAGGAUAAAUUCAAAGUUUGGAGAGAUUCUACAUCUCCAGAUAUUCCGUUGGAAUUAAAUGAUAAUGCCGAUCAUGUAUCUAUAGCACCAGACAUUGCAGAGUUACAGGAGGAAAUUAUGAUUGAAUUUGAUGAUAAUGUAAUUUUACGAAAUUCCAAAGAGGUACGUGUAAGAAAGUCGGAUAAAUCAGAAGAUACUAAGUCAAAAGCGCAGGACUCAACAGGAAAAAAGAAGAAAGGGUUAAAAUCAGAAAAGAAUAUUAAGGACGAGAAAAAAGUAUUCACUCCAGAGGGGAAAAACACCACCGAAACAAAAAAUCGCACACCCCUUGGAAAUCGCUCAAAUAAAAACAGCCAAAUUCAAGGGAUUAUAAGUAAAUCACCACAGCAAACAUUGCGAAGUAAGACUCUACCGAAGAAACUGCUUCAGGAAAAUACACCACCCCAUAAGACUUGCCUUACAAAAAAUAAAUUAAGUGGCAUUCAGUGGGACCCAGACUCUACGGUAAUUAUAUAAAUAAAAAGUUCACACCA